ACGAUCAAAGGGAAGGAUGGACAACAAUAAAUUCAAGAACUAUAAAUGUAUGUGCAUAAUCUUUCUCUGUUCCGCUGUAAAAGCGUACCAUGCCUCAAUCUUGAUCCAGCAGCCCCAUGCCACAGAGGUAAUAGUGGGUCAUUCAACAACGCUGAAGUGCUUCCUGACGGACAGUGAGACUUCCAAACGGCUAAACUGUUAUUAUGUAACUUGGAUUAGAGUACAAUCGAUGAGACGGACAAUGGACGUUAUCACCUCUAAUAAGCAAUAUAAUGAGCAGACAAAUUCGUGCGAUUUAACCAUUACCACUGCGACCCUGGAAGAUACUGGGCUGUAUUAUUGCUCCAGUCCAGAAGCCAAGACAUUUAAAGGCAAUGGCUCAAAGGUAACGGUAGUGGGUAAUGUCAACCCCUCUGUCGAGCUUUUCUCGCCAUCGGAGUUUCCUGACCCCAACAUCCCGCUCAUCUGUUGGGCGAUGGGUACCGUCCCAUCUCAGGUUCGCAUAUUCUGGGUAGUUAAUGGAGAAGAACACAUCGGGUGGACCGAAUCGGUGUGGUCAAAACAAAAUGAUCUAACCACGGAGUUCACGCAGAGCCGAUUUUGGAUUUCGAAGUCGGACUGGGAUACUGGGGAACAGUGCACGUGUGUUGUCGAAGCUGGCGGGAAGAACAUCUCCAAAAGCAUCCAGAGUAAGUCCAGUUCGUAA